AUGCUAUUCAGUAGUCCCGUGCUCCCGUCCACUUCACAGAUUGAUUUUGUGGAAUACGGUGGAGCCGAAGACGAAUUUCUGCGACAAGACGUCCAGCCUGCAAGCCGUUGGGAGGAAAGAUGUCUAACUGUUGAGCAGACGCCGUUUAUCGGUGCCGCUUCUGAAGUUCCAGAGUUUCAUGAUGUUCAAGCAGCACAGAACGAGGAAUUUCACGAGCCUGGAACAUCAACUAGUUUACUCAUCAGUACCCCUCACACCAAAACGUCCAGGACGUGGUUUGCAAAACAGGUCAGUUAUUAUUGUUAUUCGUAG